AUGCCUUCGGUUUCUGUUACCCUCCCAAACCCUGAAGACAGGGAACCUGUAAAGAAAUUUAUGCCAAAGUCGUCAAAUAGAAUACAUAUGGCUACAGUGGCAAGACUUUAUGUGGCAUAUCCUGAUCCAAAUGUAUGGACAUAUACUUCUAUCAUGGGAGCUGUUGUCUUU